AUGGCGGGUGAGAAAGAGGAGACGGCAGGUGCAGCCUUGAUGAAGAGCACCUUGGAGAAGAGCCGGGAUGACAGCCUGUGGGAGGCGAGCGGUAGAGAGAAAGCAUGUGUUUGCGGCCGUGUCCUCAGAGCCCCACACGUGGUGCCCUGUCUCGAGGAGCAGAGCCAGAGGCAGACAGAGCAGCCACGUCUCAUCAAGGACCCAACUGGGCUCCUGAGUCACAGAAAAGUAGAAACAGACUGUCGAUGCCAAGCUGGCCUUUGGGCCAUCAAGUCUGGUUCCUGCACUCUAGUCCAUUAG